UCUAAAGAAGGCUUAAAAGAAGAACAUGGCCGACUUACUAAAGAGGCCAAUUCCACCCCUCAAGAACCUCGCGGACGCAAGCCUUUUGAGGAAAAGUGGGAGACUGUCGGAGACAAGAGACAGAAGCAGAAGGCUAAAAAGGCAUCAAUAAGGCAGAAAGAAGCUCAAGAGGCGAAAAUUAAGGCGCGUCUCAAAGCCCCUAACUCGACGGCGGUUGUCCUAACCCUGCAGCCAGAAGCUACAAAGAGAGGGAUUACGUACACUGAGCUGUUGGAGCAGGCUAAGCAGCGAAUUAGUCUGCAAGAUUUAGGAAUCAGUGGUGUACGUCCCAAAACCACGGUCACAGGUGCCCGUAUGCUAGAGAUCCCUGGAGCUUCUAGUGGGGAGAAGGCAGACGCUUUGGCUGAAAAACUCAGAGCGACCUUAAAUUCGGUAGAUGUCCGAAUUUCAAGACCGAUCAGGCGCGCUGAAAUACGGCUCUCAGACCUAGACGACUCAGCAACUCAGGAGGAAAUCGUGACAGCCAUCGCCACGAAGGGAGGAUGCUCUCCCAGCGAUGUCAAGGUGGGAGCAAUCCGUAGAGAUAGAAGUGGACUGGGUACGGCAAUUGCUUCAUGCCCACUAACUGCUGUGGAAAAACUCGUGGUAGUGAAAGAGAAGGAUAAAUGA